UCAAAUCCUUUCUUUAUUUGGUCGCACUGUAAACACUUUAUCGAUUGGAUCGAUCUGGGCGGGAGCCAAUCGUAAUCUGUAGAUCGAAUGUUUGAAUGACAAACCCCCACCGAGUCAACGCAGGUUUUCUGAAGUCUGCACAACACUAGUUCCUGUUCAGCGACAUACCUGACCAAUAGAUCUACUGUCUACAUAAUAAGUUCAUGAGUCAAGUUAUUAUACGCUGUGACCAUAUACUUUAGAAAGAGAUACUUGUGUUCGUUUGUGUUAGGAAAGAAACUGAACCUUGAAUGUAAACAUUUGACAAGAAAGGAAUCUGUCUACAAGAUGUAAAACAGAAACAGACAUUAAAAAGACAUAAAACAGACAUUAAACAGACUUCAAGAUGAAUCCUCACACCAGUGAUAUCCUCACAUUCAUCCAGUUUGCCAAAAAAGGAGAAACAUCUCGAAAAUUGCGUGGCCUCAUCGAGCACAUUCCUCUCAGUGAUGUCAUGGCUUGGCGCGACGAAGACGGCCUUGACCUUAUGCAUCACGUAAUCCUCGGCAACAACUCCGAGCUGGUCGCCUUCCUGUUACAGCACAACUUUUUCGUGCGGCCUCACAUACCAGAAGUGAACCCGUACAGCCACCUGGCGGCCCUGCUGGGAGAGAGAGCUUUGCUUCAGGUCUUGCUGCAGCAUCGCCCAGACGAUUAUUAUCCAUCUAAAGUUUCCAUCCGACUUCCACAAUCCGUAAUCGAUUCUUUAGCUAAGAAUAACAAAAUGAAUACAUCCACAGUGCUGAAUUCAACGAGACUGUCUGGAGCUGGUUCAACCAGUUCUUCAUCAUCAUCAACAUCAUCGUCAUCUUCUUUGCCCAAUAACUCGACAGGUAACUUUUACAAGACCGAAAGUCUUUCGGAAUUGCUAAAAAACUUAUCCAAUCAGGCCACGUCUCCUCUGGACAUUGCUUCGCGUGCCGGUCACUUGCAAUGUGUUAAAGUCAUUCUCAACCAAUGCGUUCUGAAAAAGCAUUCAGAGGAUACCCUCCUGGACAAAAGUGACUACACCUUGGCUUGCAUUGCUGACAGCCCCCUCUCCUUGGCGCUGCUUAUUCACGAACAGGCGCCCAGCAGAGAAGAGUGGGAGGGCGCCGUGCAGGUAUGCCUCCACUAUGCGCGCCCCGAGUGCCUGGACCUUCUCCUCCAGCAGAAGCGUGACACGAAGCAGAUGUUCAAGGGAAUGAACUUUUACCACGUCCUGUACACCUACACCUCGGUACAGGGAGCCUCAAGUUAUCCAAAGCUUGCCCAGACCACAGAGGUUCUAGUCAAACACGGCCACAAAGUGGGUGCUAAAGUGCCAUGUCGGACUUACCCCAUGUACAGUCUCCUCACCCACGCUUUCUGUUUUCAUGACUACUCCAACACUCAGUAUUACAUCAAAGCACUGCGAAUUCUUCUCAAGCAAGGCGCCGACCCUUGCUUCGAUGAAGUGAAGUUUGAAAAGCGACACCCUAAAUUCGCCGCCAGUAAGAUAACGGGGAGGUCCGCCUUCAGCUCCGCCUUGCACUGUCUGUUGGAGACUGUCGAAACAUAUUCGAAAUAUCUGGACUCUCCGACCCUGGCAAUCAAGUUCGUGGAAGAUUGUGCAAUGGUGUUGAUGGGUAACAACGCUAGUAUGAACCACGUGGGACACAUCGGCCACUCGGAGAAAAGGACUAUUCAAGGCACUGUGCUUCAUCAGCUGGCUAAGUCCAGCGUAGCGCUAGGGGUCAAUCCGGCCAUGGUCCGGUGUGUUUUGCGCCACGGGGCGGACCCGAACCUCAAAGUGGACGGAAAGUAUGCAAUCAAUGUCUACUUUGACCGGCUGUUCCAGAAACUUUCCGGCAAGUCCAAGCCUGCAGAGACUGGCAAGUAUCUGAAAGACUCCAUGACUAUGUGUAGGCUGUGUAUGUUUAUGAAACCAGAGUCCAUCCGAGAUUGUCUGAAUAUCUUUGUUAAAGACCACGGGAGAGCACUUUCUGAUCAGCUUCAGACCUAUGUCCGAGCAGUUAGAGACGAGUUGACCAGACGAAGCAAGCAAAUUCACUCACUACGUGACCUAAGCGCCUGGGCAGUCUGGACUUCGUGCGGAUGUCAGUCGGAGAGAGUUCAUGGACUUAAAAUUUCUUCAGAGUUUAAGACAUUUAUCCUGCCUAUGAAUUUUUAAAUGUGAAUGUAAAAGUGUAGUAAAAUGUGUACACUUUGUUAAAGUUAGUGUCAUACUUUCCGUAGUCAAUGUUCAAAACAUUCCUAGUUGAAGUGUUUCUACAAAUGAUCCACUAGUUAAGGUCCACGGCCUGUGACAUUUUGUUGUAUUGACAUCAUCGAUAUCGCGUUCAUUUUGUUGUAUUGACAUCAUCGAUAUCGCGUUCAUUUUGUUGUAUUGACAUCAUCGAUAUCGCGUUCAUUUUGUUGUAUUGACAUCAUCGAUAUCGCGUUCAUUUUGUUGUAUUGACAUCAUCGAUAUCGCGUUCAUUUUGUUGUAUUGACAUCAUCGAUAUCGCGUUCAUUUUGUUGUAUUGACAUCAUCGAUAUCGCGUUCAUUUUGUUGAAACUAUCACUUCAAAAAUUGUGUCACAAAACUCUAAUAUUUAUUUAUGUCUAUGCUCUAAUAUUUUCCCUUUGAAUUUUUCAUUAAAAAAUGUGUGUCACAAACCAUUUAUUUUCGCGGACCUAUCUUAUAGUUUUAUCUAACCUUUACAAUUCGACUGCCAUUUACCAUAGCUUUUCAUUUGUUGACGUCAUUCACUAAUCUGUAUUCAUAACUUCUCGAAUUUCUCUCGUACAUCUCUCAUCACGUUGGUCUAACAUUGACAGUUUUUGCUACACCCUCAAGUUGGCUCUCCGUUUAUAGACAUAACCAAGAAAUUGGACUCCCCCCCCCCUCCCCAGCCCAAAACUAAGAAGUUAAAUUUUUUACCCCCCCCCUCCCAAACAGUCAUCAUGUUGCAUUUUUACUUUCAUUAAAAAAAAAACAGGUUAAAAAAAGUUGAAAAGACUUAGCAAGCAACAAUAGUCAAUAAAAAAAAUAAACCACAUCAAAAUUAACAGUCUUGAUACAAUUACUUAGCAGCUCGAGGAAAACAAGUUAGUAGCUACAGAUAAAAGAUGAUGGGCAUUGUUAUAAAUAUAUAUAGCUUUAAUUCUAACACACUGACUAAAAUGAACAUGCAUGCCAUGAGUAGAGAAAUGGUUGCGGCCCUAUGCUCCCCUGGGGAGUGCACAGGAUUGCGCGCUGGACUGUCGUUCGGAUUUAUCGAUGGUCCCUGGUUCAAACCCUGCCCGCUCCCAUCCCCCGUCGUCCUGCGGGAGGUUUGGAUUAGGAAGUAAACUA